AUGCCCUCGCUUUCAGGGGAAAAACGGGGAAGGGUACUUGGAACUGCAAAGUCACUGUUGCCCUGUGCCCUGUGGUUUGUGGCUCCCACAGUCAGAUGGAGGGAUGACUUUGAUGAGCUUGUGGUGAGUAACAAUGAUGUUGUGUUCAGAAAUAUCGCUGAAGAUUUGCGGAAUCGUUUACCCAUCGAGGCAAUGUUUACUUCAGAACAUCAAGCUGUUCAGAAAAUACACCAGCAUCCACUGCCCAUGAUUCAUGUUGAUGCAUUCCUGUAUGAUGAUGAUGUUGUUGAUUCAUUGUGUGAGGAGGGGAAAAUGAGUAGGAGCUACUGCACACAGUGUGGCUCAUACAAAACUGCAUCUCUAGAGUUUAUUUCGCAUUCCUUUUCCCUCAUGGAACUGAAGUUUCUUUAUCAACAUGUACUGCCUGACCUGACAGGAAAGGUAGUGGUUGACGUUGGCUCCAGGCUUGGUGCAGUGCUAUUUGCGGGUUAUCUUUAUAGCUCAGCUUCCCUGCUGUAUGGAGUAGAAAUGAAUGCAGACUUUUGCCAGUUGCAAGAAAUGAUGAUUACAUUUUUAACCACUAUGUGCAAGGUGCAGGACCCUGUAUUUGCCUUUGCUGAACUUCAGAAGGUUCCUCUCUGCCCAUCCCUCCAUGGUGUCAGCCACACCUCCCAGCUUCCUGUCAUCAGUGAAGUUGCUGAGGAGGCAUCUGCUCUUCAUCCAGGACAUUCAUGGAUAAAUUAA